AUGAAGUACUCUCUCGUCCUCACUGCUCUCCUCUCCACCUCCAUCCUCGCCGCUCCUAACCCCAACCCGGACGGCAUCGACAACAUCGUCUCCGCCGCCGAGGGCAUCGCCACGACGGCCGUGAACGGCGGCGAGAGCAUCGCCUCCGACGUCGUCGAGGAAGCCACCUCUCUCUACAACGCGGCCUCGACUGCCGGCGGCGCCGCCGCGUCGCGCAUCACCUCCGAGGCGGGCGACAUCGCCUCGGACGCCCGCACUUGGGCCACGGACCACGCCUCGGACGCCCGCAGCCGGGCCUCUGAGGCACGCGACCGCGCCUCCUCGGACCUCGACGAGCUGCGCACCCUGCACGGCACGCACACCAACAGCGACGCCACAGCCACCGCGUCCGGCUCGGAAUCCAGCAACACGGGCACCGCCGCUGAGACCGGCUCCUCCGCUACCUCCUCGGGUGCGUCAGCUACGGCCUCCACUACCGAGAGCAGCAGCUCUUCCCCGUCGGCCAGCAGCUCGGACUCCUCGGCUUCCGCUACCUCGACGAACAGCGAGGGCGCUGCUGCUCAGGCCACGCCUGUCGGUUUGGGCGUCGGUAUCGCCGGUAUGGCCGGUGUGCUCGGUGUGAUGGCUGCUCUCUAA